AUGGCGCCGAUGAGUUUGCCUCCAGGUUUCAGGUUCCAUCCAACAGACGAAGAGCUAGUGGCGUACUAUCUGGAUAGGAAGGUCAACGGCCAAACCAUUGAGCUUGAGAUCAUCCCCGAAGUUGAUCUCUAUAAAUGCGAACCAUGGGAUUUGCCUGAGAAGUCAUUUUUGCCGGGGAACGACAUGGAAUGGUACUUUUACAGCACAAGGGAUAAGAAGUAUCCCAAUGGGUCGAGGACAAACCGUGCGACCCGAGCUGGUUACUGGAAAGCCACAGGGAAAGACCGGUCAGUAGAAUCAAAGAAGAUGAAGAUGGGGAUGAAGAAAACGCUCGUGUAUUACAGAGGAAGGGCUCCUCAUGGCCUUCGUACUAAUUGGGUUAUGCAUGAAUAUCGCCUCGCUCACACUCCCUCUUCCUCCUCCUCUUCCUUCAAGGAGUCGUAUGCACUGUGCCGUGUGUUUAAGAAGAAUAUACAAAUUCCAAAGAGAAAAGAAGGACAAGGAGAAUGCGAAGAAGAAGAGAUGAGUACCAGUGUUGGAAAAGAUGGGGAAGAAGAGGAGAAGAAGUGGAGAAAAUGUGAUGGGAAUAAUGUUGAGGAGAAAAUGGAAAGAGAAAGCGAAGAAGAUGAUGAGAGCUUUAAAAUAGCAUCGGCGGAUACAUCCUCCUCAGAGCUCACUCAAGGGAUCCUUUUAGACGAAGCAAACAGCUCAUCCAUUUUCGCCCUUCAUUUCUCAUCUUCUCUUCUCGACGAUCAUCUUUUUUCAAACUACACGACUCAGCUUCCCUACCAUCCUAAUUACCCUCCUCUCCAACUCCAAGAUUUCCCUCAGCUUUCUAUGAACGAGGCGGAGAUCAUGUCAAUCAACAUCUCCAAGCAACAAGACAUUCAAUGCAGAGACUCGAUGAAUGGGACACUUGACGAGAUCUUCUCUUUCUCUAAGUCUCCCACCAUCUUCCCCGCAUCUCUUUGAUAAUUCAUAUUCACACUUCUUUGUCUCAACGACU